AUGCACCGCAGUGGCCUGCCCCUCUACACACGCAGGCUUGUGGCUGCAGUGCCUCUCCACUGCCGCAAGGGUGUCAGGAGGUGCAACGGUGGCCCUUUCUGGCCUGUACACCGAGGCUUCACGAGCGGCACCACACCGUGCUCCUCUCCACCAGUCUCAGAGCGACUUUCCACCCCUGUCGAUGCCUCUCCGCUGCCAUUCUCUUGUGCGACUGGUGCCAGUGAUGCUGACAAGACUGCCGCUGUGCCUUCGGCGGGCACCUCGUCUUCACUCGGAACGGGUACCGCUGCUGCGGUUACUUCGACCGUGAAUGACCUUGACGGUGGCGAGGUACCCCUCAACACACCGGCCGAGGUCGAGGAGGCGUUUGCCUGCUCUGUGCAAGCGCGCACCGUCAGCAACGUUCAACUGCGCCGCUACAUUGACCAUCUGCCGCCGAAGGACUACUCCUUGGCGCUAGCGGCAGUGAAAGGUGCCAGGGCUGCUGGGCUGCGCAUCAGCGCCUUAACUUAUGAGUCGCUCCUUGCCUCUCUCAUGAGCGGUGGGCAGCUGCGCGCAAGCAUGGAACUCUACCAACUAAUGAUAAAGCAGCGCAUGACGCCGACACCGAACACGUACGCAGCACUGAUGGACAUGUGCCUGCAGCGCGACAUGCCCAAGGCUUGCCAGUCGCUAUUUAACGAUCUGCAGAAGCGCGGCGUGCGUCCUUCUGCCCAAAAUUACGAGCUGAUGAUCACGAGCCUUUCCACCGAGGUGCCGCCGCAGUGGAAGCGGGCCAUCGACAUCUUUGACAAGAUCUCACGUGAGCGUAAAAGCCGCAUCACCUCCAAGACUUACAAUGCCCUCAUGCGGGUCUACAUGAACAUGGACCCAUUCGACUGGCGAGUCGUCUAUAACUGCUACAGCGAAAUGCGUAACCGUCGCCCGCGAGUGCCGCUGGAAUGGGAGAGCUACCUCAUCCUGGCCGAGGCGCUGCGGAUGGGCCGGGCUGGGUACGUGCGCAGAGGCAUGGCAUACAUAGAUGCCUGGAUCGCCGUGACACCGCUGCGUUCGUGGAACUUCUUGAUGGGGGCGAUGAUGUACUUGACGUUCAUGAUGCUGCUGAAGUCGCUCGCGGGGUACUUGGUCGUGUGGUACUACGAGAUGAGUGUUCCCUCCACGUCCGACUCCGUCCUCUCCAGAUGA